AUGGGCCUGAAAAACUUUGGUCUCGUCCCUGAUGAUCUUGUUCAAAGGAUUCGUGCCAAAUUUUUGGAGUGUGUUUCAGCUGAUCAAGAGGACUCCUUUUAUUCAGAAGAUAUUGAAAAGAUCACCAAUGAAGAUUGGUACAUUAAAAGGUUUGUGAUUGCUGCUUAUAAGAAUGAAACUGAAGCAUUGGAUAAAUUGGUAGACACAAUGAAAUGGAGAAAGUCGAUUAAAUUGCGAGAAACUGCGGAUAAUUAUUUUCCAGCUGAUUAUUAUGAUGUUGGCGUCAUGUUUCCCUAUGAGGCUGAUGUUCAUGGAGAUGCUUCGUUGUGGGUUCGAGUUGCAGCUGUUAGGAAAUUCGGUGAAUUUACAGAGACUGGGAAACGUUUCAUGAUCCAUCGGUUGUUCAAAGUUGAUGAAGCUGCUGGGCCUCAAGGAUAUGCUUUGGUCAUUGAUUUCACUGGAGCUGGAACAAAUGCAAUACAAAAUCUUGAUUUACUUCAUCAUUUCAUCACAACACUUCAUCAUCGAUUCCCUGCUGGUGUCAAUUAUUGUCUCAAUUAUCAGAUUCCAUGGAUUUUGAAGACAGUCUGGGGUGCUGUACAAUACUGGGUGCCUGAGAAGCGUCGAGACAUCAUUCAAUUCUCAUAUCGAGAUGAUUUGUUUAAAUAUUUUCAUUUAUCUCAUGUUCCAAGCUAUUUGGGUGGCGAUUGUAAGCGAUCAUGGAAAGAUAAGCCUGAAAAUUGUCCGACUACAUUUGAGUUUGGACUUUACGAGUUAGGAUUAACUGAGGAAGUUGUAACCAAAACAAUUGCUGAUUACGAGGCUUUCCGUGAUUCUCAGAUUGUUAAACUUGAUCAAGGAGAAUACUGUUGA